AUGCGGGUUCGCUCAGUAUUGGCAAGAAUUUGGCUUUUAGGUCUUGCAUUCUUGUUCACGCUGACUCUUGUUUCCGCUGGCGAUGAGAUCUCUCCUUAUUCGGACCACUCGCUCGAAAAGUCGCUCGGAGACUUCACUGUCACCAAUCUGUUGUUGGCUUCAGAUGUCGAAGGAAACUUGCAUGCUCUCAAUCGAGUGACGGGUGAAGUGGUGUGGACGUUCGUGGGGAACACGCCGCUGGUGGCCAUUAAGGAAAGCAUCGACCCGAACAUAUCGGGGGCUGACCCCUCUGUGGGAUCUCAGUUCUCGGCGUGGAUGGUCGAGCCAUUUGAGGAGGGCUCUAUAUACUACUUCACGCAGGAAACAGGAUUACAGAAACUGCCUGCCUCUGUCCAGCAACUGGUUGCAAAGUCGCCGUUCUCGAUCGGAGACGAGUUCAUAUACACGGGAGUCAAACGGACGGGAAUCGUUCGAAUCGAUGCGCGCACCGGUGAUUUGAUAGAUUCUUUUGGGAUACCCGAGUCUGCGGAAAUAUGUCCGGUGGAAGACCAUACCGACCCUGUCCAGCCUGUCAUAUUGCUGGGAAAGACUACCUACGAGCUCAGCAUCCACUCGAAAAACAACACAGCCUGGAAUAUCACAUACACUUCGUGGGGUCUGAACAAUCUGCACACCAAUCUCGCCGCCGAAAAUCUCCACAGCAUCGACGAUCUAUACAUCCAGCCGUUUCAUGACAACUCACUGCUUGCUCUUGAUGCCAGCACAAAGUCCGUCAAAUGGGUUUCGAGCUUGCCGUUCGUCACCGUGAAUGUGUUUGAUGUUUUCCUAGAGGAUGGUGAUAGUAACAAUUUUAUUGUGCUUCCACACCCACUCAAUAACAAAAAUACAACUACUACAGGUGAUUCCACGUUUGUGGACAGAACUAAGGGUGGGUCAUGGUUUGCCAUGAGCGAGACAAACUAUCCUUCCCUAGUCAAAUCGGCCCCCUUGGCAAAAUACGUCUCCAGUGAGCGUUGGAGAACACCGUCGAUAUUCGCAAAUGCCGAACUUUUGGGAAUCGCCAUUUCCGGAGUCCACGACAAGUCCAUGGACAAAUCGCAAAACCAGAUUGACCUGACAAGCCCGAGACUACCUGCAUCGCUUUCCUCGACGAUCUUUGAAGAUCCAUUGAAUCGCAAACCAAGAAGGCCAAGAAAAUCCCGUCCGGGCUUGCCCGAAGCAGAGGAAUAUCUUGCCAUUGAUCCACCUUCGCAAUACGACAUCGCAACAUUGCCCUCUUCAACGGGGAGAGGCACACCGCUGAUCAAUCUUGUAUACCGUGCCUUUGAGAAUGUUGUCAUGACGAUGAUCGGCGUGAUGAUUCUCGUAUUUUUAUCGAGAAUAGGCAUUCUUCCUCCCCUGACGCAGAUACUGAGCCGGUUUGGACUUUUUAGACGGACCCAAAGUGCUGUCGAGAUUGUCGACAUGUUGCUCAAGGACGAUGUUGUUGAAUUAGAGAAAAGCUUCAAUUUGAUAAAAAAAGAGCGGUUCGGGGACAUCGAGACAGAUAAAAUGCCAAAAAAGGUGACCAUUGUGGAGGCAGACAACAAGAGCGAGAACUCCUCCUCGUCGUCCUACAACUCUUUCAAGCCCAAUGAGGAGACAGUGCAAUCCGAAGACAAAGACGGCCAACAGCCUCAACCACGUAGGCGCAAAAGGGGCACUCGUGGAGGGAAGAAAAACAAGAAGAAGGAGAUAGGGGGCUCUACUUUGGAAGAUGGAACUGAUACUGUGCGGAGCAGAAGCGGUUCCCAAAAGAGUUUGGCAAGUUCUGCUAUCACUAUUCCUACGUCAACCAGCAAUAUGACAAUUUCAGACGAGAUUCUGGGUUAUGGUUCUCACGGAACAGUUGUGUUCAAAGGAAGCUUUGAAAACCGCCCAGUCGCCGUUAAGCGGAUGCUGCUGGAUUUCUACGAUGUUGCAUCCCACGAGAUUAAUUUGCUUCAAGAAAGUGACGAUCACCCAAAUGUUGUCCGCUACUUUUGCUCGCAACAAAGCGACCGAUUCCUGUAUAUUGCCUUGGAAUUGUGCGGAGCGUCACUCGAGGACGUCAUUGAGCUGAAAAAAGAGGACUCCAACGAGCUGUUGGGUAAAAUGAAGCCAGUUAACGUCCUUUGGCAGAUAGCCAACGGUCUGAACCAUUUACAUUCGCUCAAAAUAGUUCACAGAGAUAUCAAACCGCAAAAUAUAUUGGUUGUUCCACCAAAGAAGAUAAACAGCGGUGAUAAGGAGAUGCCUUUACGGCUGCUUAUUUCAGAUUUUGGGCUUUGCAAGAAACUCGAGAACGAUCAGUCCUCUUUCCGGGCUACCACUGCACAUGCUGCUGGAACAUCUGGCUGGCGUGCGCCUGAACUUCUUGUUGACGAUGUGGCCGAGACGGAGUCGCAGCUCAGCCAGCUCUCAUUAAUGAGUGAUCGUCGUCUAACGAGGUCGAUUGACAUUUUCUCAGCUGGGUGUGUUUUUUACUACGUUCUGACCGGAGGACAGCAUCCAUUUGGUGACCGCUAUUCGCGCGAAAGCAACAUCAUCAAAAACCAGUAUAAUCUGGAUCUUCUGGACACGUUGGAGGACCGCUACGAGGUUCGCGAUCUGAUUGAGUCGAUGAUAGAUCAAGACCCUGCCAAUAGGCCUGAUAUGAGCCUUAUCUUGAAACAUCCGUAUUUCUGGUCCAUUGAGAAGAAACUGGAGUUUUUGCUUCGUGUCUCUGACCGCUUUGAGAUUGAAAGAAGAGAUCCUCCGUCAGAUUUACUUUUGGAGCUGGAAAGCAUAGCACCGGCCAUUAUUGGCAAGGGGUGGUUCAGAAAGUUUAACUCGUCGUUUUUGGACAAUCUUGGAAAGUACAGAAAGUACAACGACGACAAGUUGAUGGAUUUGCUCCGAGCUCUACGAAACAAAUACCAUCAUUUCCAAGACUUGCCACCUAACCUAGCCAAGCAAAUGAGCCCUCUUCCGGAUGGCUUUUACGCAUUUUUUGCUGGCCGCUUCCCCAACAUGUUAAUGGAGAUCUACACACUGGUGGAGAGAAUUUUGAGAGACGAUGAAUAUCUUAAAGCAUUUUUCUAG